UGUACAGAACAUGCAAAGCAUUUCUUCAAAACAGCAGACUUGCCACCAUCUUGCUCUGUGAUAGAUGAUGCUGCUGAGUGGGACAAGUGGCAAGGAAGAGGGGAUGAAGUAGUCCACAUUGAGCUGGGCAAGUGGGCUAACAUGAUGGUCAUUGCACCACUGGAUGCUAACACACUAGCUAAGAUUUCUCAGGGUUUAUGUGAUAAUCUACUCACAUGUACAGUUAGAGCAUGGGACGUGUCCAAACCUCUGUUAUUUUGUCCAGCAAUGAACACCAGAAUGUGGGAACAUCCCAUCACACCCUCACAGGUGGCUGCACUAAAGCAGUGGGGUUAUGAAGAGAUGCCUCCUAUAAGCAAGACUUUGAUGUGCGGAGAUACAGGGGUUGGGGCAAUGGCAGAAGUCAGUAGUAUUGUUACCAGAAUAAAAUUGAUAGCUGAUAAAGAAAUAAAUAAAAAGUGUAGUUGACGAUUUAUAUCGGACUUUUGAUGUGAAAUCAGUUCUAAAUGUGUACAUUAGUACAAUAAACAGGGUGCUCGGGAGUAACAUUAAUCUAGAAUUAUAUUCUUUAACAAAAAUUUAUUAAAAAUGUUAUUGUUUAGUAAAAAUGUGCCUUACAUGGAUAGUCAGUAUUAUUUCAAUUACUUUUUAUAAAAAUAUUUUUUUUAGUAGUUAAUAAUAUAUUAGGUAUGCUGUUUCCUAUAAGUGGUCUCAUUAAUACCCUGAAGUUAUGGGAAAUACUCCAGAGCAUCCUGUAUAAGUGUAUAUUCAGACGAUUGUUAGGGUUGCUAUUCUGAUUUAAUUCCCAGUGUGGGGUCUCCAUCAUAAGCAGAUAGAUGUCCACUGUUGGACAUAAUCAAUUGCACUUUUCUCUCUACCUCCUGAAUGGUCCACAAUUGCUUGUGGUGUAGUUGCCAUUCUAAUCUUGGGUCCUCCAGCCCUUAGAACUGUAAGCCAUGCUUGACAGCAUGUGGUUUCUAAAUAUAAUGAUAGACAUUCAUAAUUAUUUAGGCAGCGUAGACACCGUCACGCUGUCAGUCGUGCUAGUGAAUUUGUGCAAUAAUGAUUAUUGUUGUAAUAAAACACAAGAGAAUCGUAAAUGUAUGUUUAUUGCAUCACCGAAUACUGUUCCUAAGCUAGCAUACAUGCAAUGAACAAAAUAACUUUCCAUGUACACAUCACUAUGUAAUAACUAUACAGUGGAGAAUGUUGCUAUAAUCAAAAUUAUAACGAAAAUACUCAAAAAUGUGUAAUUAUUUUUAAUGGUACAUGUUGAAAGAACUACAUAUAUUUUUGAUGCUCUUUUUCUGAUUAUAUAAUGAUUUAUUUAUUUUGCUAUCAUCCGCGAAAAGUCGACGAACCCAUGCGACAACGUCACCCAGGUCCGGCAAAAUACUCUCAUAUUUUCAAAUUACACCGCUCUUUUUCUGGUUUUUACUUGAAUUGCUAUGCUAUAAGUAUGACACUAAUGCAUUGACCUCUUAUAAUAAAAAGACGCACAAUCAUACAGGAAAUUUCACUUAAAAACUGGCCAAUUUUGCUUUGACAGUUUUAGAAUUAUUGGUAAAAAAAAAUUAUACCUAAAGGCCUUUAAAUAUAGUCCAAUAUUCAAUAGAAUCCCAAAUUCAGAGCAUAUUGAACCUUAAGGAUUGAGUUUAGGGUUGAAUUUUCAAAUGAGACUUCUUGAACUGAGUACCAAGAAGUUGUGUUAGGCACUCAUUGAGUGGGGACUAUUUUUGGUCGCUGAUUGUGCGUCCACUUUUUAAUAGGAGAUCGAUGCACUAAUGUUCUUAAUAGUCAGAUGUGCUCUUCACAUGUACAAUUAAUAUUUAAUAUUGUUAAAAAAAUGAUGAUUAAAAAUUCUUUUAAAGAAUUUAAUUGUAAUAGAGUUAAGCAGGUUACAUUUUAAACAAUGUUCGUAAUAUAUAUUUUUCCAUAUUUUCCAAAAGCA